AUGAAGCAUCGUCGGCGAGCUGAAGAGGAUCCGCGCGAGAGACAUCCACCCCGGCCCUGGGAGAGAAACCGGGAGCGUCCUGCACCACGGCCUCAUUCACCUCCCCCUGCACCUCACGGAGAGUCUUUUGGUGCUUACCGAGAGCGAGAUCAGGUUGAACGGAGUCGGCGCCACCCGCAUAAGAAGUGGCAUCAGUCUCGCGACUUCAAGAGGCUGCAUGGUAGAAAGUCUUCCCUUUCGCCUUCUCGGCCCUCUAAACCAAAGCACCCACACACAUCACGUCCACGACCAUUUGAUAACCGACCUGGCCGACAUCGAAACUAUUCACCCGACCGUUUACCCAAGCGGAGACGUACUCAGAGUCCUUCUCCCGUGGGCAGUGACCGAUUUGGCCCCGAGGGUCAAGGACCAGGUCGCCGCGGAGAUUGGUUUGAUAUCAGUGAUAGACCGCCACCUAACCCUCGACCUCGUUCACCCGCCCGAGAAUUUGCUUCUGGAUCUGUUCCCCGGUCCCGAGCCUCAGAUAUUGAGGUUGACCCACCUGCUGGUUACGAGGAGCCUAUUCUUCACAGACGCGAUAGACGCUCCGCAUCCCCACCUCGCCGUGCCGAAUCCAAACAUUCAUCAGUUGAUACUCGAGAAUCGUCGGUGAAUUCAAUUCGACCGCCUGAACGUCCUUCUCGGGGUCGGGGUCAGCGUUUUGCCAAGAAAGGUCACCCUAUCUCAAGAACCCCAUCCGUGGUCGAUGAGACAGACAAUCGCUCCAUGGAUGGUCAAUAUCCUACGCGCGGGAAUUAUGGAAUGCAUAGAGGGCAACAGAGAUCGUUCGUUGAUACGAGACAACCAUUUGGAGGCUCGUCUCCUUACUCAACCACACCGAAUAGCUCAUAUCAUGGUUCGCCGCAAGCAAACUCACCUUAUCACAAUCAGAGGGGUGGUUGGGGAGGAUCUCAGCAUCCACACAGUUCAAUGCCAAACUCCUCUCCACCGUAUCGCCCAAACGGUUAUUCCGGCCCUUCUGGGAUGAACAAUCCUAAUCCAUAUUACCCGAAUCAGCAACAGUAUCAUGGAGGCAAUCAACAAGGAUAUCAGCAGUCCUCAUAUCGAGGCGGCCGCGGCUCACAUCGGGGUGGACAUUAUUCUCAACAAGGACAACCAGAUCAGAGAUUCAACCAUCCGCGGCCUCGAGGGAGAGGGGGGCAUUUCAAUAACCUACAAUGGACCGCGCCUGGUUCGAAACGAGGUGGAUCACAAAACCCAAACUUUGAAAGCGGUCAUGUCAACCAACCACAGACAUCUCCGGCUCCUUCACAAACGGCCUCACAAGAGGGUCGAGAAGGUCCAACCGAAGAAGAACAUCCUUUCAGACCAACCAAAGAGGCCCCAGUGGAGGAUCAGCGAGAGAAUAAAUUCAACAGAGGUCCAAAUUCACAGGGUAAUGAUCAACCGGGAACAGCUGCUUCGAAAUUCAGCUUUGCCUUCAAAUCCAAAGCUCCAGCUAAACCUCCUCCAGAUUUUUCAACCAAGUCGAAAGGACCAUUCCAUCCUCCAGAAAAUCGACCUCCGUAUCCGAAGAACAAACAUUUUGAUCGACGAGAUGAGAGACCAGGGCCUCGACCUCCUCAUGAACGAAAGUUUCCACCACACUAUGAUCGAAAACAUCCGAAUGACCGCCACCAAUUUCCAAAUGAACGCCGACCUGACCGAUCCCGUUCUCCACCGUCAAAGAAAGUCAAAAAGGAAGUCAAAUCUCGGCCUACAUUGCCUCCCGAAUUUGCAGAAUCCGAAUCAAUAUAUUACCGCAAACCGGGUAACGAGUCGGUUGUGGGGGCAGGCACCUAUGGAAAAGUAUUCAAAGCCAUUCAUAUCUACACCAGAGACAAAGUGGCACUAAAGAAGAUUCGCAUGGAAGGUGAACGAGAUGGAUUCCCCAUAACAGCGGUCCGUGAGAUCCGAUUAUUGCAACAUCUCCGACAUAAACAUGUGGUGGCAUUACAGGAAGUCAUGGUGGAAAAGAACGAAUGUUUCAUGGUCUUUGAGUAUCUAUCACACGAUUUGACAGGGCUCAUUAAUCAUCCAACAUUCAAGCUCACGCCUGCGCACAAAAAGGAUCUGGCGAAACAAAUGUUUGAGGGGUUAGAUUACCUCCAUCGACGCGGCGUUCUCCAUCGAGACAUCAAGGCGGCAAACAUCUUGAUCUCCAACACGGGUCAAUUGAAGUACGCCGAUUUCGGUCUCGCACGAUUCUACACCAAGUCUCGUCAACUCGACUACACUAAUCGGGUCAUUACAAUCUGGUAUCGUCCCCCCGAACUGCUCCUAGGCGAAACUCAAUAUGGUCCCGAGGUGGACGUCUGGUCUGCAGCCUGUGUCUUUGUGGAAAUGUUUACAAAAAAGGCCGUCUUUCCUGGUGAAGGUGGCGAACUUAGUCAACUCGAAAAGGUCUACAACGUUCUGGGAACGCCGACGCGAGCAGAAUGGCCCGGAAUUGUGGAUCUACCUUGGUUUGAACUCAUGCAACCCGUUGACCGACGGAAACGAGUCUUUGAGGCCAUGUUCAAAGACGUCUUCACUCCCGCCGGACUGGAACUUGUCCAGUGGAUGUUCAAGUACGAUCCGAAGAAACGGCCAACCGCGGAAGAGGUGUUGAAACACGGGUACUUUACCGGAGAAGAACCUCUCCCUCGCCAAGCGGUGGAACUGGCAAAUAUUGAGGGUGAUUGGCAUGAAUUCGAAAGCAAAGCGCACCGACGAGAGAAUGACAAGCGCGAAAAGGAAAGGAAGAAAGAGGAGUACAUGCGGGAGAAGGAAAAGAGGAAAGCCCGCGAGGCCGGCCUACCCGAAUCUGAAGGCACGGACAAGAAAACCAAGCUCGAUGAAGAACUGUCUCCCAAAACAGGGGUGCCGCCACUGCCCUCGAACAACGACGGUGCUCGUUCCGGGGAUCAUGUGGCCGAACCGUCGGCGGAUGAGAUAAAAGAUGAUGACAAUAAGGAGGAGUCAGAGGGUGAGGGCAGUGCUCGCAUGAGCAUGUCGUAA